UUAGAAGUUCAGGAAUCCCACGUGACGUCACCGGGAGGGUGAUGUAAUGCUUCUGUAAAUAGAACGUAUUGUCAUCGCGCUCCAGUCCAACGUGGUUCCUCUCUGGAGCGCCGCUCGUCCCUCUCUCCACUCGUAGGCUUGUGGAUGACAUGAAUGACAAACAGGACAGGCCUUAUGUGUGCGGCGCCCCUGGCUGCUCUCAGCGCUUCCAGCUGGAGGAGCACCUGCUCAUUCACAGACACAAGCAUGAGAUGACCCUGAAGUUCCCCCCAAUAAAGACAGACAUAAGUUUUUCAGACCAGACUCCGACCCCAACGCGAUUUCUGCAGAACUGUGAAGAGGUUGGUCUGUUCAAGGAGAUCGAGGAGGAAUUUCUCCAAGCCCAAGAAGAGGAGAAUAACAAACAGACGCUGUCUCAUAAUGGGCCGUCUUGUAUGAAUCAGCAACAUCUAAAGCCCCAGCUCCAGCUUCAGCACCUUCCCCAACCGCCGCUCAAUCAUCCCCAGGCCCCGCUGCAUCAUCCCCACGGCCAUGGCCCAAUGAUGGCACCGAGCUGCAGCCUGGCUGCCCAGCAAGCACUGUCCUGCUCCUCUGGCGCCUCACAAUCUGGAUCGGUGAUCACCCAGGCUCCCUCCACCUUAACACAUUCAGGGCCAGCUCCCGGGGCGCUGUCCUGCCUCCUUCAAAUGCGGAACAGACACAGACAACCUCUGCCAGCCUCACUACCUGGCACCCUGCCAGACCCCGCCAUGCAAGGGGCAUCUGCUCAGCACAUGACUAUAGAAAAGCAGAUGUCUUGUGCAAUGGGUAUACCAGCUCCUGUUCAAAACCCCUCCUGUUGCUCUCCUCAGAGACCCAAACAGACGAUGGGGCAUCAUUAUUCUCAUCAACAUCCUGGAAUGCUCACCAUCAACAAUCCUGUGACAUCCAUGGGUCAUAUGAUGGAGAUGAUGUCACAGUGCCACCACACCCCUCCGCUACAGCAACACCACCAUCCUCAUCAUCCCCACCUCCCUCAACACCAUCAUCAUCACCAACCCAAUCAACCGCCACAGCUUGCAGCUCCGCCCCACACCUACCAGCAGCGAUGCCAUGCUCCACCUCCACAACACCUACGAAGCACUCAGAGCCUCCAACUUCACCAGUCAGGGAACGCAGCACACUCUCAUUCUCACCAGUCACCGCCAUUACGCCUGCAUCAGAACUCCCCACCUGCACCCCCACUAUCUGCCCCACCACAGUUAUCACCAGUUGCACAACAGAUGCAACCGUCCCACUCCCAGCAUGCAGCACAGGCAAGCUGUAGCGGCAGCAGCAGCAGCGGGGGCAGCGGUGGAGGUGGUGGAGGAGGCGGCAGCCGUCGAAGAAGAUCGGCUGAGCAGGACCCUGAUGAGCGCAGGCAAAAGUUUCUGGAGCGCAAUCGGGCCGCAGCGACCCGCUGCCGACAAAAGAGGAAACUGUGGGUGUCGUCACUGGAGAAGAAGGCAGAAGAGCUUACGCACACAAACCUACAGCUGCAGAACGAGGUGACGUCACUGAGGUCAGAGGUUGGCCAGUUGAAGCAGAUCCUGCUCACCCACAAGGACUGUCCCGUCACUGCUCGGCAGAGGGAGGCACAGGGGUACCCCACUGCAGGGGUGAGUCCAGAAGGCAGUCCCACCCCUGCAGAACCUGAGACUCAGCCUCACGCCAUCCAGCACAACAGCGUUUCCACCUCCUCGACAGGCGGAUCCGACAUCGGGCACGGCCCCCUCUCUGGACUCUAACCCCCGCUACAGAUAAUAGCGCUGAACUCGACGAGUGGAUUCAUAAAUCCAUACGGACUCAAAGCUGUUUUAUCGGCAUCAGCAGCAGCAGCCCUUUUUUUUAACAUCAGGUGCUAAAACAAGCCUUGUUUGCAAAACUCUGAUGUUAACUUUGACUCUUGUGUUGAUGAGGGAAAUAUCUGGGGUUGCCUACAUGAAUCCAACCUGCACUUCUAACUCACGGGUGACCCAAACACAGACAAUCUCUGCAUGUUUUGCACUAACUUUAAUAAAACAACUCCUAAGCAGUACGGUGCCUGCAAAACUAUUCAUAUGUUUAUGUACACAGGUUGUAGAAAGAAAAUGUUUUACAAAAGAUAAAUUAACACUACUCCUCUUUACUCCGACACUACUAUGUAAAGUGGUGUAAAAGUCUCUAAAUAGUCUUCCCAGGUUCAGUUUAAUCUAAAAGAAAAAAAUUAUGGGACUUUUAAGGUAUAUGCCCUCCAAACACACCAUUUCCUAAAACAUGGUGGCAGCAGCAUUAACCCGAGGCGAUGUUUUUCUGCAGCAGGAACAAGAGAACGGGACAAAAUUGAUGGAAAUGUGGAGGGAGCGUAAGAAACCGACGCUGAAGGAAAAUGUGCUUGAGACUUAAAAGCCUGUACUGCAGAAAAAGGACAGCUGAAUGCAAUCUCUUCCCUCCCUUGGUUCAUUUCUAAACUGCUUUGUGUGGUUCUAACUCAAAACAUGCAUUGAAAGUGUAAUGAAAUGUGAAAAUUUCAAGGAGUAUGAGUAUAUCUAAAAGGCCCUGUAUAUUUUUAUAUGUAACUAACACUGCAGCUGCUGGUUGCACACCUUAUGCCUUUGUAUUGAAGCAAAAAAAAAAAUCAUUUCAAUGACUAAUACAACUGUAUUUGUUUAUUAGUAAGUAAACCACUUCUUUACAAAAUGUUAUUUUAAACAUUUCAAAUGUGUUCCUGUAAAUAAAGUCAAUCAAACCAGAAA